UAUCUUGAACUCAUUGCAAAAAGCAUUAAACCCAAGUGAUCUGGACAGUGGAGUGUAACUACGAGAAACCAUGACUGAGAGAAGCUACGAGACAAACAUUGCAGGAUUUAGUGGGAAUGUAGACCCUGGGGCAAGAAAAAGUGAUUUUUCAAGCGAUACUUCAAAAAGGUUUCCUCCAGACGCUGAUAAAGAUAUAGAAAUUGAAGACACCGCCGAGACAACACAAAAAUCCGUUAGUCUAAACAACAACAACAACUCAACAUCAGUGAGAACAACUGAUGACAAUAACGAAAGCGGCAGAAAACCGAGUAGAGAUCAUGGACCAGAAAACAGUGCACAGGUUCAUGAGGCCUGCAUUCAGGAUCAACCAGAACAAACUAGAAACGGCGUGGGAAACUGUUGUAAGGGCACCACCACUUGGGUGCAUGCGCAGUGUCACGAUGACGUCAAACUGGAAGGUCAGUCAGCGGUCGAAGAAGCAAAUAAUGGACAUGGUGAUGUUGGUGGUAUCGAUGGCCAAUCAGAAUGCGCGUUUUGUGUGCAAGCUAUUAGUGUCGAACAUGAUGAUAACGACAUUAAUGGUGAUGAUGAUGAUGAUGAUGAUGAUGAUGAUGAUGAUGAUGAUGAUGAUGAUGGUGAUGGUGAUGAUGAUGAUGGUGAUGAUGAUGAUGAUGAUGAUGAUGAUGAUGAUUAUUAUUAUUAUUAUGAUGAUUAUGAUGAUGAUGGUGGUGGUGAUGAUGGUGUUGAUGAUGGUGGUGAUGAUGACGACGUUAAUGGUGACGAUGAUAGUGAUGAUGAUGGUGGUGAUGAUAAGCAAAAAUACGAUCACGAUGAAUAUGGCGUUAAUGCAAGCGACAGCGACAAUAACGGCAGUAGCAACAACAACAACAGCAUAAGCAACAAUAACAACAGCAAAAUCCUACAGCAAUUGAGCCUAGAGAAGGAGAGUUGUAAUAAAAGUUUCACCCCCCGCCCUCCGAGCACGCCGCCGAGUCCACGAAAACACUCGAGACCUUGCCGACCAACACGGUCACAGUCGAGCACUAGUCGCGCCCGCCCGGUAUUCCAAAAUAACAAUCCAUCACUCGUCGUACACACAGGAGCUCCGCAAAAAAGGAGUCCCGAAAUCUUUCAAGGAAUCUCUGUCAGUGCUCGACAGAAGUUAUGUGAAGUCACCCGGACGCGAUCAUUUUCGGGCCGAGACCGGACUCCCGAUUUAUCACCGAGGAUGACGCCACGGCCUCGUCAGCCGAUUUCUCCGCUUGCAGCUGGUGAAGUGAGUUUUCCCCAGUCUUACAGUGGAUCCGUAGAGUCUCCCGGUGGAUCCGUAGAGAUAAAUGGGUUUUCCGCUAGACAGAAGACCGACCCGGGUGUGCAAAUAACAAGAGCCAUUCCUACUAGUCCAGACAUAGCAAGAAAGUGCGGUCUCCCUAGCAUAGCACCACAGGAAUCCCAAAUUCUUCAGCUUCCUUUAUACAUGGGGCUACGCCGAGGGAACCUGCGAUUCCAGUCCCGCUCUGCCCCUACAGCACCACAGGCAGCCCGACGAAAGAUGUCUUUGAAAGAAAGCAGCUUCUCUCCAAACAGAUUGAUUGACUUAAAAGUUGAAGUUUCAAUGGAAAGACGUAAAAGUCUUCCUUGGAACGAAUACAGAACGAUCCAGCGGCCUGAGGUACUAUCUGCGCAUGCGCAACCGGAAGUGCGCAACACCUCUGCCAGAAUACGCCGGAAGUCAUUCGACAUUUGGUUGAACGAGAAGGAGGAGGACAACAUGAGAAAGAGGCUGCAGGAGCUGGCAGCAAAACGCGCCGAGGAGCAGGCGAGGGAGGGACAGCUGAGAAAGAAAAGCGGGAAAACAUACGAAGAGUGGCUACAAGAUAAAAGCAAAACCGACAGUCUUAAAGAGACCACCGAAGUGAGGAAUGAUAGAGGUAGUUUAAAGACAUCGCCCCUGAAGUUUGAGGAGUGGAUGAGGCGUAAGGACCAAGAGGCGUUAGAGAGGGAGGAGAGGGCGAGGAGAGAGGCGGAACAGAAGUACGAGGAGAAAAGAAAGCGAAGAGAGGAGGUGCUUAGGGCAGCGAGGACCUUUAGGAAACUCCACCGAAAGGUUUCGACUCAGGCAUGACUCAUAAGCAAUCAUAGAUCAAUGACAAGAAAAAUUACCAAAAGGUUUCGACUCAGGCAUGACUCAUAAGCAAUCAUAGAUCAAUGACAAAAAAAAUUACCAAAAGGUUUCGACUCAGGCAUGACUCAUAAGCAAUCAUAGAUCAAUGACAAGAAAAAAUACCAAAAGAUUUCGACUCGGGCAUGACUCAUAAGCAAUCAUAGAUCAAUGACAAAAAAAAUUACCAAAAGGUUUCGACUCGGGCAUGACUCAUAAGCAAUCAUAGAUCAAUGACAAGAAAAAUUACCAAAAGGUUUCGACUCAGGCAUGACUCAUAAGUAAUCAUAGAUCAAUGACAAGAAAAAUUACCAAAAGGUUUCGACUCAGGCAUGACUCAUAAGUAAUCAUAGAUCAAUGACAAGAAAAAUUACCAAAAGGUUUCGACUCGGGCAUGACUCGUAAGCAAUCAUAGAUCAAUGACAAGAAAAAUUACCAAAAGGUCUCGACGUUGAGAUGACAGAACAAGGACGAAGAAACCCUACCAAAAGAUUUCCGAUAGGGAAUUGUAUUUCAAAGGCAAUAAAGAGCACUCAAAAGGUCUCCAUGCAGACAUCACUCAGAAGCAAUCAUAGAGCAAUUGCCGUCAAGAAACGCUUCUUGGAAUGGGUGUAUACGCUUAUUUCACAUAACAUUGCACUUUAAGAAUCAUCAAAUAACAUAUCAAAUAAAUGGCAAAAUAACCAAAAACGAAUAAAGGCUCUGAUAUCAA